AUGGAGGAGCCUUAUUGGUCGUCAAAUACGACUGAUGAAUCUUCGGAAUCAUUAUUUGAAGUCACUGGUUAUCCAAUGACUGGUGACGUCCCUAUACUGAAUAGAAAGGGAAAGGAGUUGUGUCUGCCUCGCGGUUCACAAUAUUAUCCAGGCGAGAUGUUGGACCCUAUGCUGAGAACUGUUUCAUUAACAAUUACUUCACCUAAUUACUAUUGCCAGGGAUACAGAAAGCACGAGACUCCAGUCCGCAGAGGUAUGUUUUGUACUGGCAUGGCUCGUGAGGAACAUCCAACAUUUCCCUGUCUGGCAGUUCCCGGGGCCCCACUAGUUGUAAGGGGAAAAUUGGCGGCAAUCUUGUCUUGGGGCUUUGGAUGUGGUUAUCAGAACGAUCUUCCUCUCGUUUAUACUGACACAAAAUAUUAUAUAAAGUAA